UCCACUACACUUCCCACAGAUUGCCAAAACAAUUAACCUAUUAUUCUUUGCAUCUUUCCAAAAGCAGCAAAGAAAAACUAGGAUUUCCAAUCAUCAAUUAGAUGAUGAAGCUAAUCAUCUUCUCUUUCCUACUACUUCUCUUUGUUCCCAUAUUUUCUACCACAACUUCAGCCCAGUCACCUGCUGCAGCCCCUAAACCCCAAGCAAAACCUGCCCCUGCCACACCAGCUCCUGCUCCAGCAAAACCAUUGGUCCCCUCAUUACCCCAAUCACCCUUGUCUGAUUCUUCUUCUAAUCAAGACAUCAUCAGAAUUCUAAGGAAGGCCAAAUCAUUCAACACGCUAAUUCGCUUGCUCAAAACCACCCAAAUUAUCAACCAAGUCAAUGCACAACUUGUGACCACAAAAUCUGGAGGAGGUUUAACCAUUCUAGCACCUGAUGAUGGUGCCUUCUCACAACUCAAAGCAGGUUACUUCAACUCUCUCGGCGAUCGCCAACAGAAAGCAUUGAUACAGUUCCACGUUCUUCCAGUUUAUGUCUCAAGCUCUAACUUUGACUCUCUUAGCAAUCCAGUGAUGACACUGGCCAGUGAUAGCCCCAAUGGGUAUCAAAUAAAUGUGACAGCUUAUGGGAACAGUGUGAAUAUUUCAACUGGGGUGGUAAAUGCCACUCUCACAGGCAUUGUGUACACUGAUAAGACACUUGCCAUAUAUCACGUGGACAAGGUGCUUAUUCCUUUAGAUUUCUCAAAGCCUAGGCCUCCAGCUCCUGCUCCCACGUUGGCAAAGGCACCUAAAGCUGAUAAGGAUAACUCAUCAGCAGAUGAUGAUGAUCAGGGAGAGUUAAACAAGGCCACUUCUGCUGCAAAUUCCAUCAAUUUAAUUAGCAUUCGUGGAACAAUGUUGGUGUCCCUUGGUGUUGCUUUAGUCGCAGCAGUAACAUUCUCCAUAUGAGGAAGAGUCAUUUGCAGGCUGUCACUUAAUUUUCAGAACAACUACAAGAACUGUUAUUUUUUGUGAAGUUAUCUUUAUGCUCUUUUUUCUUCGUUUUCUCUGUAUUGUCGUAUCCAGAAAGAUUAUUGUAUUGCCCAAUUUUCUUCAAAUAAAAAAAAAUGUCUGCUAUGUUUUGAGAAAA